AUGCCGGUGACCUUCGAGGAGGUGGCUGUGUAUUUUACCCAGGGGCAGGGGGCUCUCCUGGACCCCGCUCAGAGAGCCCUCUACAGGGACGUCAUGCAGGAGAACUACGAGACAGUGACCUCGCUGGGAUUCCCCUUUCCCCAACCUGAGCUGAUCGCCCGGCUGGAACGAGGGGAAGAGCCGUGGGUGCCCGAUCUCCAGGCCUGCAAGGAAAGAAGGCUUCCGAGAUGCACCCAUACAGGAGAGAGACCCCACAAGUGCUUGGACUGUGGGAAAAGUUUCAUACAAGCGUCAGACCUUGUUAGACAUCAGGCAAUCCACACAGGAGAGAAACCCCACAAGUGCUUGGACUGUGGAAAAAGUUUCAUACAAGGGUCAGACCUUGUUAAACAUCAGGCAUUACACACAGGAGAAAGACCACACAAGUGCUUGGACUGUGGGAAAAGUUUCACACAGAGGUCAAACCUACUUCAUCAUCAGGCAUUACACACAGGAGAGAGACCACAUAAGUGCCUGGACUGUGGGAAAAGUUUCACACAGAGGUCACACCUAAUUCAUCAUCAGGCAGUCCACACCCGAGAGAGACCCCACAAGUGCUUGGACUGUGGGAAAAGUUUCAUAAGAAGGUCACACCUACUUUGUCAUCAGGCAUUACACACAGGAGAGAGACCCCACAAGUGCUUGGACUGUGGGAAAACUUUCAUACAGAGGUCAGACCUUGUUAAACAUCAGGCAUUACACACAGGAGAAAGACCGCACAAGUGCCUGGACUGUGGGAAAAGUUUCAUAAGAAGGUCAGACCUUGUUCAACAUCAGGCUAUCCACACAGGAGAGAAACCCCACAAGUGCUUGGACUGUGGGAAAAGUUUCACACACAGGUCAAACCUACUUCAUCAUCAGGCAUUACAUACAGGAGAGAGACCACACAAGUGCCUGGACUGUGGGAAAAGUUUCAUACAGAGGUCACACCUUGUUCAACAUCAGGCUAUCCACACAGGAGAGAAACCCCACAAGUGCUUGGACUGUGGGAAAAGUUUCACACAGAGGUCACACCUUGUUCAACAUCAGGCUAUCCACACAGGAGAGAAACCCCACAAGUGCUUGGACUGUGGGAAAAGUUUCACACACAGGUCAAACCUACUUCAUCAUGAGGCAUUACACACAGGAGAGAGACCACACAAGUGCUUGGACUGUGGGAAAAGUUUCAUACAGAGGUCACACCUAAUUCAUCAUCAGGCAAUCCACACAGGAGAGAGACCCCACAAGUGCUUGGACUGUGGGAAAAGUUUCACACAGAGGUCAAACUUACUUCGUCAUCAGGCAUUACACACAGCUGAGGAAUCACUUCCAUGUUUCGCUCCAGAUCGUCCUGUCUUCCAGGAGACGGGGAAAGGGAAUGGCUGUGAUGGAGCCAGCUCAGCGGGAUUGUGGCUGGAGCAGCAGGUGCUGAGUGAGGGACUCUUGGUGUUUCAGAUGCCGGUGACCUUCGAGGAGGUGGCUAUUUAUUUCACCAAAGGGCAGGGGGCUCUGCUUGACCCCGCUCAGAGAGCCCUCUACAGGGACGUGAUGCAGGAGAACUACGAGACGGUGACCUCGCUGGAUCUAAGUUCUCCUGUUUCAAAACUCCAGGCGCUACCCGUUCACUCUCUCCAUUUCUUCCUCUGCCUUUAUUCAUUCCGUGACCUCUCCAACCCCGGCCACAGCUGCGGGGAGAGUAUCCAGGACCCUCUGUUUUCCACUGUCCUAACUGUGUACGCCACUCAAUGA